AUGUCUAAGGAAUCCAGCAACGACAACUUGUCGUAUGAUUCCAGAGACUAUGGUUCUCAUACCAAUCUUUCUACAUCUCCAGAACCCGAAAAACAGCAGUCUGGAGGCUCCAAAUGGAAGAGUUUCAGAGACUCGUUUAAACCUGCUGAGAGAGAAGAGGUCUCUGAUGACCAGUCCAUAGAUCUGAUGGAAAGAGCAGUUCGGAAAACAGCCAACUCAAGCUUAAAGUCCUCAAUUAACCCGGUUUCCCAGGCGUUUAUUGCCCUUGGUGGAUGUGUCGGUUCAGGUCUUUUGGUCGUUUCAGGCCAGGCUUUGGCGGCUGGUGGUCCAGCUGGUAUUCUUAUAGGCUGGGCCAUUGUGUCUUCUUUCCUUUACUGUGUCAUGCAAGCGUUGGCUGAGCUUUCGUCGACGUUCCCUGUUUCUGGAGCUUUCGCUGUGUAUGCUACUCGUUUCUUCUGGAACUCCAACAUCAACACUGUCGUGUGGGUGGCCAUUUUCUACGUGCUCAUCUUGGGGCUUAAUCUUUUCGGUACCGCUGGUUUCGCUUAUACUGAGUUGGUGGCUUCCAUUCUCAAAUUGCUUGGUGUGGUGGGCUUUGACAUUUUGGCCAUUGUGUUGAUCUGUGGAGGCGGCGACGCUGGCUACAUUGGCGCUAAGUACUGGCACGAUCCGGGUGCUUUCAGUCAUGGCUUCAAGGGUGUGGUUUCUGUGCUUGUUACUGCUACUUACUCUUUGGCAGGUACCGAAUUGGUGGCUCUUACAGCUGCCGAGUCCAGCACAAACCCUAGAAUCGCCUUACCUUCUGCCAUCAAGAUGGUCUUCUACAGAAUCAUCAUUUUCUACAUGCUCACCUUGACGCUUAUUGCCUUCUUGGUGCCUUACACUGAAGAUAGAUUGACUUCUGGCGAUAGCGCUUUUGCCUCGCCUUUCGUCAUUGCCAUCCAGAACGGUGGUAUCACUGCGCUUCCUUCCAUUUUCAACGUGGUGGUGAUCAUCUCGCUUCUUUCCAUUGGUAACUCGGCCGUCUACGGUUUCUCCAGAACCAUUCUUUCCUUGGCUGAACAAGGCUUGGCUCCAAAGAUCUUUACCUAUGUCGACAGAAACGGUAGACCGCUUGUGGGCUUCUUGACUUCUGCCAUUGUUGGUUUGAUGGCUUUUGUCGCUGCUUCGCCAAAACAAGGUGAAGUGUUUGCCUGGUUGGUGGCUCUUUCUGCCCUUUCCACCUUGUUCACCUGGGCUUCUUGUACUUUGGGUCACGUCAGAUUCAGAGCUGCUAUGAAGCGUCAAGGCAGACCACUUACUGAGUUGCCAUACCUUUCCAAAACUGGUGUCUGGGGCUCUGUCUAUGCUACUGUUUGCUUGACUGUCGUCUUGUGUCUCCAGUUCUGGGUUUCCUUGUUCCCAUUGGGCUCUGAUCCAGAUGCUACUGUCUUUUUCAAGAACUACUUGGGUGCUGUCAUUGUGCUUUGCUUCUACUUGGGCCACAAGCUUUAUACUGGUUUCUGGAAGAAGCGCUGGACCUUCUUGGUCCCCUUGUCUGCCAUGGAUAUCGACACUGGUCGUUGCGAGACAGACUUUGACAAAUUGCAACAAGAACUCCUGGAAGAGAAGGCUGCUCUUAAAGCCAAACCAUGGUACAAGAGAGUGUACCACUUUUUAUUUUAA